ACACAUCGAAACAAAAAACUAUUUCCUGAAAAAAAAAACUCACAAAAAAGGCGAAAAAAAGGCUUCUCGAGCACAGAAACAGAUUGAACCUAACGACAUCUCCACCAACAGUCACAGAAACCCCCUCUCCCCCCGCCUCUCUCUCUCUCUUGACGGGCUCCAGCUUUCGAAAUUAGCCUCUCCAAUUGCCCUCAGUAAUGGCAUGUUCGACUCCGAGUCCACCGCCCCGAGUUCGGAUUUUCACGAUAUAUCUGCCGUUGGAUCCUCCUUCGUUUGGGGCUAGAGGUUGUUUCAGCUCCUAGUGUUGGUUUGGAGUCCAGGUGUGUGUGUUAUGCUCAUUUUGUAGAGUGAUCUCGCCGUUGCUUUCAUCGAGUCUCACUGUAACAGAUCCGAAGCGCUAAGUGGUAAUCAACGGCGUCGAUGAUGUCGGUUGUCGUGGUUUUUACCGCCAACGGAGUACUGGAAAAGCUUCGAUGUUUCUUGCUCAAACCGUUGAUUGUAUUAUUUUAUGUGAUAUGCAUCACAGAUGCUGAUGUAUCCAAUAAUCUUGAAGCCUCUUCAGUAUCUCCAACUAGUGGAUCUUGGUCUGCACCUGCUAUUCCUGAUCUGCCUCUACCAGCUGAUCUUCCUCUGUUCCAUAAACCCCAACGCAAGCAUUUUUCUCCACGUGGUGCACCAAAAAUUGCACUAUCACCGGCGCAUUCUCCUUUUUAUGGCCCACUGGUAACUUCCAGUCACCACUCUACUAGUUCACGUCUGUCAAAACCAUUGAUGAAGAGGAAUGCAUUAGCACUACCUAUUGCUAGUUUGAAGAAUAUUGCCCCAACAGAGCCCGAUACUGGUGCACCUCUGUCCAGUUUAGCUCAGCCACCUCUAUCUCCUUAUAUCUCUGAUUGUUGUGCACAAGACAUGGUAUUGAAGCGAGGGACUCAAGGGUGUGACUGUGUGUAUCCGAUAAAGCUAGACCUUCUCCUUUUAAAUGUCUCUCAAAACCCUAACUGGAAGCCUUUUCUAGAUGAAUUAGCUUUCCAACUUCAUUUGAAUGUUUCCCAGAUUGAGCUGAUCAACUUUUACAUACUCAGCUUAUCAAGGUUAAAUAUUUCAAUGGAUAUAAUUCCACGUACUGGAUUCAGUUUCUCUGCCAGUGAGGCAUCUGCAAUAAACUCUUCCCUUGCCAUGCACAAGGUUCAUCUAGACCCUACAUUAGUUGGUGAUUAUGAGCUUCUCAAUUUCACCUGGUUUCAGCCUCCUCCGCCUUCACCAGCUCCUAUUGUUACUCCACCUGUGGAAUCUCCACCAUAUCAGUCACCAACUGCUACAUCACCCGGUGGUUCAAACAGAAACAGACAUUCAAAUUUAAUUGUUAUACUUGGCAUCAGUGCUUGUGUGCUGUUCAUUGGCAUAAUAUCUGUGCUUAUACUUUGUUGUUGCACGUUCCACCGAGGGAAGGCCAAAGAAUCUCUCAUAGAAACUGCUCCCUCAGAAAAGCCGAGGACUGUGGGCGCAGUUCCUGCAGUAGGAUCCCUUCCCCACCCAACCAGCACUCGGUUUCUGGCAUAUGAAGAACUUAAAGAAGCUACAAGCAACUUUGAAUCUGUACUUGGAGAAGGCGGAUUUGGUAGAGUUUUCAAGGGUGUUUUAAGUGAUGGUACAGCUGUAGCAAUUAAGAGGCUUACUGGUGGAGGGCAACAAGGGGAUAAAGAGUUUCUGGUAGAGGUUGAGAUGCUUAGUAGGCUGCAUCACCGUAAUCUUGUGAAACUUGUGGGUUACUGCAGCAGUCGUGACUCUUCCCAAAACCUACUUUGCUAUGAGCUCAUUCCAAAUGGAAGCUUGGAGGCGUGGCUCCAUGGUCCCCUGGGAGUAAAUUGUCCUUUGGAUUGGGACACUAGAAUGAAGAUUGCACUUGAUGCUGCAAGAGGACUUGCAUACCUGCACGAGGACUCACAGCCUUGUGUUAUCCACAGGGAUUUCAAGGCAUCCAAUAUAUUGCUUGAGAACAACUUUCAUGCUAAAGUCGCUGAUUUUGGCCUUGCUAAACAGGCUCCUGAAGGCAGAGCAAAUUACCUCUCCACACGAGUGAUGGGCACAUUUGGGUAUGUAGCUCCCGAGUAUGCCAUGACUGGACAUUUACUUGUUAAAAGUGAUGUCUACAGCUAUGGGGUUGUACUACUUGAAUUGCUGACAGGAAGGAAACCAGUGGAUAUGUCACAGCCAUCUGGACAGGAAAAUCUUGUCAGUUGGGCCAGACCAAUUCUGAGAGACAAGGAUAGGCUGGAAGAGCUUGCUGAUUCGAGGCUUGGGGGAAAAUACCCAAAGGACGAUUUUAUACGGGUUUGCACAAUUGCGGCAGCUUGUGUUGCUCCCGAGGCAAGCCAACGGCCUACAAUGGGUGAAGUGGUACAGUCACUUAAAAUGGUGCAGCGGGUCACAGAACAUCAAGAUUCCACGUUAACGACUUCCAACAACCGGCCAAACCUAAGGUCACCUACAACAUUUGAGUCUGAUGGGACAUCUUCAAUGUUCUCUUCCGGUCCUUACUCUGGCUUCAGUGCUUUUGAGAAUGAAAACAUCUCAAGGACAGCAGUUUUCUCUGAAGAUCUUCAUGAAGGAAGAUGAGGACUUUUUAACGUUAAGUUAACCCGGAAGUCUUCAUUCCUUGUAAAGUUGGAGGGGGAAAGAAAUAUGGAGCUUAUUAUAUAUGCCAUAUGCUUGUAACUGUGAUUGGUUGGGAUGGUGGGAACAGGUGCUUUUGUCAUCCUUUGUGGAGAACCACUGUUCGUUUUCCCCGUAGGCCGUGGUUCUCCUCGUGGAUAAAUUUUGUAAAUAUGCCUUUGUAGCUUGCUUCAUCCUCUUGGCUUUAUAUUUUAUUAAUCUUGUCUUUUUUCCCCUGUU